UCUUGAGCGUUAACCAAAAGAAGAAAGAAGAUGAGGUAUGUGGUCUUCCUUGGUCUUUACUUGAACCAUUCAUGUCGGUAUAUAUGUUUAUAGGGUUUCAAAACAUAAGGAAACCAUCAACAUGCUCUCUAUCUUCCUUGAAAAUUUUUCUAGGGUUUCUGACAUAUAUUUCCCAUCCCCACUAACAAAAAUUUUCACAUCAAUAUUCUCUUGAUCUUCGUCAUACAGAUCUGCAAAACCCAGAAAAGCCUUUGGCUUUUUUCUUCUAUUGGGUUGAUCUGGGUUGAGAGAUCAACCUUAUCCUCUUAAACCCUUUUAUAUUUUUGGAAACUCUUUAUGGGUUUUGAAAAUUGAGUAGUGCUCUUUCUUUCUGUUUCUCUUGAACCCCUUGUAGGAUCUAAAGAUUUUCUCAUUUGGGUUUUUUUUAUUUUUCGUUUCUUGGGAUUUUCUUUCAUUUUCUUGAGGUGUAACUGUAAGCAUGGUGAGAGGGAAAACUCAGAUGAAAAGGAUAGAAAAUGCUACAAGUAGGCAAGUGACUUUUUCUAAACGCAGAAGUGGGCUUCUCAAGAAGGCCUUUGAGUUAUCAGUCCUUUGUGAUGCUGAAGUUGCACUCAUCAUCUUCUCUCCAAAAGGGAGGCUCUAUGAGUUCUCAAAUUCCAGAUGCCUCAGUAUUAGCAAGACAAUAGAACGGUAUCAGAGAAAUACCAAGGAGCAAGACGGAAGUGGCAGAAAAGAAGCUGAAGAAAAUUUGCAGCAUUUGAAGGAAGAAGCUGUUUCCAUGUCACAGAAGAUUGAACUUAUUGAAGCCUCUAAACGAAAGCUCUUGGGUGAUUGUUUGGAGUCUUGCUGUAUCAAUGAGCUACAACUAAUAGAAGAACAGUUGGAGAAAAGUUUACACAACAUUAGGGCAAGAAAGACUCUUUUAUAUAAGGAGAAGAUCGAGCAAUUGAAGGAAGAGGAGAAAAUCCUAACGGAAGAAAAUCAAAAAUUACGGGAGAAGUGUGAGGUGCGAUCGCCACAUCUGCCAAUUCCGCUGCUAGUAGCUCCCGAGCCUAAUCGUGAAUUUUCAGAUGUUGAGACGGAAUUGUUCAUAGGACUACCCGAACAACGAACUACUCAUUCUCUGUAGCCAUUACAAUUGUUUAGAGCAAAUAUGUACUCUCAGAUGCAGUCUAUCUAUUGUUUUUAGUGCCUAUCAAAUGUAUAUGAUAUGUUAAUAGUGUUUGCACAAUUUUCAUGAUCUGCCCUAUGAAAAUAAUUGUGAUGCCAAGUGUUAUAUGAAAUGGGAAUGCAAUAAUAAUUUAAGGAAUUGUACCAUAGAAAUUCAUGAUUUGUUUAUUUAGCACAGGAAAUUAAAGUGUA